AUGCCAGAAAAGUGUAUCUGGCCAGCAACUCUCAGGUUUCUGAACCUUUCAAGCAUAAAGAUACGUAAGUUGACCCCUUGCUUGCCUUCUAGCUUGACAGUCCUGGAACUCAGUGAAAAUGAUUUAACAGUGUUCCACCAAAGAUUUCCUAAGCUUAAGCUUAUACUGACAGGCAACAGAUUUAUGAAACGCACGGGGGAAUUAUUUCCAAGCCUAAAGACACUUCUCAUCCAAAGAAAUGCCUUGCAUAUGUUCAACAGGAAAACUCUGAUGCGGUACAGAAACCUGCAAUACUUGGAGGCGGACCAAAACAAUUUUGUGUGCUCCAGCGAGUUUGUGGCUUUCUUCAAACAGGAUGUUGAAAAUGUCGUUAUCCUACGGGAUGGUCAUCGUAAUUAUCUCUGUGACACUGUCUCAGUGUUGUGUUCAGUUAUAGUCUUAGUGAUUGGACUUGUUGUUACCUGUCACAAGCUCCACGUUUUAUGGUACCUGCAGAUGACUAUAGCAUGAAUACAAGCCAAACAAAAACCAGCAGUUGGUCAAUCAGCUAAAGAACUCUGUUUUGACACUUUUCUGUCAUACAGUCAACAAGAUGCUGAGUGGGUCGAGGAGGUCCUAGUUCCAGAGCUAGAAAUUGCUCAUCCUCCCUUUGCACUCUGUUUGAACAAACAAGACUGCAGGCCAGGUCGCUGGAUCGUAGACAAAAUUAUUGACUCGAUUGAGAAGAGCACACUAUUUGUUCUGUCUGAGCACUUUGUCACCAGCGAAUGGUGCUGCUAUGAACUGGAUUUCCGCAUAGUCGAUGAGCACAACGAUUCUGCUGUCUUGAUACUUCUUGAGCCAAUCAAGGAGGAGACAAUUCCCAAGCAUUUCAGCAAACUGAGGAAGAUUAUGAACUCCAGAACAUAUCUGGAGUGGCCGGAGGAUGAGGAAAGAUCAGAGUUCUAGAGCAAUCUUAGAGUCGCCCUAAGGAGAGACGAACGUUUAAGAGUAAAAACAUGA